CUCUUGCUCAGCAACUUGAAAACGAAAUGAAAUUCCUUGUAUUGGCUGCUCUACUCACAGUGGCCGCUGCCGAUGAGGGCAUCAGCCCGCGGGCAGUGUGGCAGUUCCGCAACAUGAUCAAGUGCACGAUACCCGGGAGUAAGCCCUUUAAGGAGUACAACGACUACGGCUGCUACUGUGGCCUGGGUGGAUCCGGCACCCCUGUGGAUGAACUGGACAAGUGUUGCCAGACGCACGACAACUGCUACUCACAAGCCAAGAAACUGGACAGCUGUAAAUUACUCCUGGACAACCCCUACACCAAAACCUACUCAUACUCAUGCUCUGGUUCUGAGAUCACCUGCAGUGCCAAAAACAAAGAGUGCCAGGCCUUCAUCUGCAACUGCGACCGCAAGGCUGCCAUCUGCUUUUCAAAGGCCCCCUAUAACGAAAAGCACAAGAACCUGAACACCAAGAAGUACUGUAAGUGAUUGAGUAUCCCCCCUGGAAAGCACCAUCCCUAUGGACUUCAUGGCCUUCACCUUACCCUGUCUCCUCCAAUAAAGCACUUCGUUGAAAGGCCUCAGGUU